AUGCGCCGAAGGUUUCCUGUUGGCCACCUACUCCCGCGCUGCAUGCUGGCGUCGGUGCCGCUCAGUGCUUCGCGUGCGCUCAGCAGCACCCCAGGUAAAGUAGAGUUGCGCGUCAAGAAGCGAGACGGCACGCACUGCCACGUGUAUGUGCCAGUGGGCAUCUCUCUCAUGCAGGCCCUCCGUGACGUCUCGAAGAUGGAUGUGGAGGGCGCCUGCAACGGGGCAAUGGUCUGCGCCACGUGUCACGUCAAACUCUCGGCGGCGUCCUUCAAAAAGACGGAAGGACCCUCCGAGGGGGAAGAGGACGUUCUAGCCAGGGCUCUGGACGUGGAGGAGACGUCCCGGCUUGCGUGCCAGGUGGACCUGACCCCCGAGUUGGAUGGCUUGGAGGUGGAGCUGCCCUCAUACGAGAUGGACCGCUCCUAG